AUGAAUCCAUCUAAUCAAGAGAAUUUCUAUUUCUACCAGCAGCCCUCCACCUCAGGAAUUCCACAAUUUCCCGUUCAAUAUGUUGGCAGCCCACAGGUCGGCGGUUUUCACCAUCGACCCAUCUCCCGGCCGAAUAUCUCCGAUCCGGCAAAUCGACUCAGAGAGAAACAACAGCAACAAAUCUCGUCGAUGGCUCAACAAAGAGUUGGGGAUUGGAUGGGAGGACAUCACUACUCACCGAUGUCACGGUUUCGAAGUGGCGCCGCUUCGAUUCGUUCAUGCAACUCGGCUGUAUCGAUCACUUCGGGUGUCUCGAAUGCAUCGACUGUGAUGACACAACUCUCCGUGAUCACCGAUCUUGAUGUUCGAUGUCUACAAAUUGUGGAGCCAACUCAAGAAGCUUCGAAUCGACCCGAUCCAUCGUUCAUGCAAAAUCUCGCCGUCGACAUGCAGCGAUGGGUGGAAACCAUUUUCGAGCUUGCAAAACAAGGCCAGCAUGAUAAAAUCCCCGAGUUGAUGCCGGAAAUUUCAAAACGAGCUGAGCAUGCGCAACAAAUCCCGGCGCAUGUCAUCAAUACCUGCAUCGAUCUCUUGCAGAGACUUGUGAUCAGCGAUGAAGCAAGACCUAUUACUCUCUUUCACACAUUGACCGCUAUGCUCUUCAUUUUAAAUCGUCGCCCAGAUGCCGUCAUUAAAUACGCACAACAACUGGCAAAAGCUUUAUGCAAAAAACUCGAGCCAAAUGCUGUUGGUCUUAAAGAGUACGUGGGUAAAGCUGUUUGUUUGAUCACGACAUUGGUGCGACUUCCCGGAGCAAAUGGAGAAUUUUAUCAAAAACAAUUCAGAGAUCCACUAAUGAUUGAUCACUUGAGUUCGAUCAUUUUCACGCUGGAUUUGGACACAGAGAGAAGGCGGAUAGCGAUUUGGCUCUACUAUGAGUUUAUCCGUGAUCCAAGGCUGCGGGAUUACAGCUAUCAGAAAGGUGCUUUACAAUGUUUCCUCCAGAUUCUCGAAAAAGAAUCUCAACAGAUUGCGGGCCAAACAAUGAACGAUGACAACACAAGACCCCAAUCUCCUGUUGAAGAACCCGUUCUAUUUUACACUUGUCAGUUCUGUGCAAAGCUACUUUCUCAUGGAUCGGGGCGACUUUUGCAAAAAUUGUUAAAGCUGAUGGCUGAGAUUUUGAAGAAAGUGAAAUUGUUGCCACUGAACAAAACCGAUUAUGAUGUGAUCUUGCCAGCUGUUGUCAAACUACUCGGCAGCGAGGAUUUGCUAGUGAUCAAGGAAACGACAACAAUCAUCAGCAAAUUACUUCACUAUCCACAAGCUCGUCUCCUUCUCAUUCAACACGGAUCAGCAACAUUCAAUGGAAUCGAUGAAAUCUUCUCCGUUCUUCGCUCAAUUCCAAACAAUGCUGCCAUGUCGCCUUAUCAAAUGCUGCCCAAUAUCAAUUUUAGUGAAACGGUUGAAGAGAUUCAGAGAAACUGUCUUCUUUGCUUCCACGAGCUGUUGAAAAUAUCAGAUGAUCAGAAUAAAGUCUUCACCGAACAAAUCGCCAUUGAAACAGUUAAACAGAUCUGUGACUCAGAGCGAUCAUCGGAAAAUCUGACUCUGCUUUUCAGCCAAAUUCGGACAAGACCGAUCACUCAACGAGUUUUGUUAAUAAUUCUCUGUAAACUCUGUCAACAUCGUCGAACGAACUUCCUAGAGCAUCUUGGGAAAAUCAUUCAAAAUGCUCAAGGCAACUCAAAUGGACAAACGCUUCCCAUCUACUUUUGUCAUUUCUUCUGGGAACACACAUUAGCAUUCAAGAAAAUGGAAACAUCGAAUGACAAAAACGUUCGCAUUCUUAGUGAGCUAAUCGUUUAUUUGUGUGAUCUUUUGUACGCUUGUACGAUCGUGCCGAGCUUUGCACAGGAUAUUCAUCAUUUCUUUGUGGCAAACCAGCCAGGCGAUGUGAUCCAAGGAAUUCGCUCGUUGUGUGUCGUCGACCGUUGGCUUUCGCUCGUUGAAGUGUUAUCAAGAAAUCCCAUCUGUUUGCAAUGGAUUGGAGAGGCGAAACUGCAAAAUUACCUCAACAUCGUUGCCAGCAAGCGUUUGCCGCAAAUGAUGGGCUUUACCCGAGUUCCCCCAGAAGGCAUGGAGGGUUUCCAGAGGCUCGAGUGUCUCGUCGAAGCGAUACUAACCAAUUUGACAAGGCAAACA